AUGACCAUUUCUGGAAACAAUAUCCAUUUACGAAAGCGGGCGACGCAGCUCGAACUCUAUCAACUCACCGUCCCGCUCAACGUUACUGCAUUUACUAGAGGACACAUCAAUCAGACCACUUUCGAACUCAAGUUAAAGGACACUAUGAGUCGCAGCUAUGCACGGACGUUUGCAGUGGGCGGUGGCGACCCGCAAUUCGUCAAUGGCGUAAACGGACUGUUUUACGCCUCUGAUUCGUACUCUUACGGUGGAGGUACACGUCAGUAUAUCUAUGGAAGUGCACUAUGGGGGAGCGGAGAUGGGGACUUGAGACGGAAUGUGACGGCGCUCCCACCAGUUGCCAAUGGCUAUGGAUAUGCAUGGGUGCCCUCGUUGGCACUCAACAUGACUGAGCGAAGGUAUCCGUUCGGAUUCUGGCCGCUGUACUGGGGGACAAAGUACCGGCCUACGUCUCGAUGGCAAGACGAUAGUGCGCGGCCUGGUGGUCCACAACGAGUGGCGUUAGUGAGGAGCAACGAGAAGUCUCCCAUCACGUGGUGGAUGUCGGGUGACGAAGAGUCUCUCAAGGCUGUCAUGCCUGUCCUAGCGUUACCUACGUGGAAAGGAGGAUGUGGUGUCUACAACGACACCACGCUUUACACGUUUGACCUGGAUAGGGGUGAUCUAUUGCGGAUAUUGCCAUCGCUUGACCUCGUCCGGACGAAUAUCACUCUCGCCCCUACCUCUGCCCUGCAAUACUACCGUACGAGCUCGUUUGCACUUGGACUCCUGGCUCAUUAUAAUCCAUGGAGUGAGCCGAAUAAUACCGCUACUGCUCAAUACUGGCAAACCACGCCCGUGGAUUACCCAGCCGUUUUGGCCAGGAUGAACCAAACAACACCAGCACUGUCCAAUACCGCUGGAAGCGAGUACCUACGGCUCGUCGAGGAGCAAAAUCAACUUUUCACGUGUCUGAACGUCACCAUCGCGGGGAGUCUGCCUAUCUAUGAUUUACCAAGCAACGUGACGACGACUUCGAAUGACCCUGCCAGGCCGAAUAUAGAGCCGAGAUUGGGGUUGAUAGUCGGUCUCAGCUCUGGAGGACUCCUCUUGCUCCUCGCCAUGUACGCAUUCUACGACUGGUGGCGGAAGAAGAAGACUAUCGCACGACCACAGCGACGUGUUUCUCUCGCCCAGCAUACGGGUGGAAGUCGCGUCGUAUUUACUAGAGAAGAGGCUGCUCAGAUGAUGAGAGCCAGGUCAAGAGACGAGAGCCUUCCUGUAUAUACGCCACUUCUAACUGACACGAACCCGAUGGGAAAUCCGCCGGCGUAUACUCGGCACGAGCAGUCGGCAAACGGGUGA